AACGAGAACCUCAGCCUAUCAAAGAGCACCGUGUGGGCAGUACUCUAGAAGCUGGUCGGGCUAGUAGCAGCCGGCUGCGUCUCCAAGGCUGCUGCCACCUCCUGCGGGCAGCGGAGGCGGAGCUCGGUUCUGGAGCGUGCCAUCGGGACCACCUGGUUCCGGGCUAGGUCGGAACCGGGCUCCGGAGCGAGGUGCCUUGAGUCAGGGCCACCACCGAACCUAAGUGAGGGGGCACAGGAAGAGCCAGGGAGGGUGCCGGGGCGCUGAAGAAAGAUUCGUGGACUCAAGCCGGGGCCCGGUUCGCCAUGGGGGAGGUGGAGAUCUCGGCCCGGGCCUACGUGAAGAUGUGCCUGCACGCCGCCCGGUACCCUCAUGCCGCGGUGAACGGGCUGUUGUUGGCGCCGGCUCCGCAGUCGGGAGAAUGCCUGUGCCUCACCGACUGUGUGCCCCUGUUCCACAGCCACCUGGCCCUGUCCGUCAUGCUGGAGGUCGCUCUCAACCAGGUGGAUGUGUGGGGCGCGCAGGCCGGGCUGGUAGUGGCUGGGUACUACCAUGCCAAUGCAGCUCUGGAUGACCAAAGCCCUGGGCCCCUAGCCUUGAAAAUCGCUGGGCGGAUUGCAGAAUUCUUCCCUGAGGCAAUACUUAUUAUGUUGGAUAAUCAGAAACUGGUGUCUCAGCCUAAUGUACCCCCAGUCAUCGUUCUGGAGAACCAUGGUCUCCGCUGGGUCCCCAAGGACAAGAACUUAGUGAUGUGGAGGGACUGGGAAGAGUCACGACAGAUGGUGGGAGCAUUACUCGAGAGUCGGGCCCACCAGCACCUUGUGGACUUUGACUGCCAUCUUGAUGACAUCCGGCAGGACUGGACCAACCAGCAGCUCAACACCGAAAUCACCCAGCGGGUUGGUCCCACCAAUGGAAAUGCCUGAGCCAGGGCCAGAGGGGCGUGUGUGUCAGGAUCCAAUAAAGAGACUUGAGCUGA